AUGCUAAAUUCCACAUACUACAUUUGGGCUAUUACUUGUCUUGAAAACUCUGAAUCUGUUAUGGUGUCUGCACAUACAUCUGCUGGGAAAACUGUUGUGGCGUUAUAUGCAAUUGCUAUGUCGCUUCGAAAUGGACAAUGUGUUAUCUACACUUCACCUAUUAAGGCACUUAGUAAUCAAAAGUAUAGAGAAUUUAAAGAAGAGUUUUCUGAUGUUGGUUUGAUGACUGGUGACGUUACCAUUGAUCCCAAUGCUUCUUGCUUGGUCAUGACUACAGAAAUUUGGCGUAGUAUGCAAUACAAAGGGUCUGAGGUCACCAGGGAGGUGGCUUGGAUAAUUUUUGAUGAGGUGCAUUAUAUGCGUGAUCGCGAAAGGGGUGUGGUUUGGGAAGAGAGCAUUGUUAUGUCGCCAAAGAAUGCCCGUUUUGUCUUCCUCUCUGCCACUGUCCCCAAUGCCAAGGAAUUUGCUGAUUGGGUGGCAAAGGUUAUUUAAUCUCAACUUGAUUCCAUUGAAUCUCUAUUGAUCGACAUAAU